CGUGAAAAGGAAAAGAAAAGAAGAGAAAAAACCUAACGUCUCAUUCUCCCUUCCUCUCUCACUGUUUUCAGGCCGCCGGCGACUUGCAGGACCGCGACGACGCUACGGCCUCGCAUCUGCCUUUCCCGUAGGGUUCUGUAGCGCUCAUCACCACGAGCUUAAGAGCGACGGAUACACACGCGGCGGCGGACUCAAGAGACCUUCUCCGGCGUACCACGAGCGUUGCCGGCGCAGCUUCCUGUCCAUCAACGGCGGCUCAUUAAAAAAAGAAAACCAGUGUUUAAAGGGAACGGGUGUAUUCGGUGUUGUUUUUGUGCACUAUAUUGGCAGUCGAGAUUGCAUUAGCAUCUUACAUUUGCCUAAUCGUUCUGAUAGUUAGUACACACUGAAAUCUCAGUGGUUCAACCGAAAUGGCGGCUUUCAAUCUCGUUGCGAAUAUGUAUGAUCCGGCUUUGAAGCCUCGCUUGCUACACAAGCUUCUCAGAGAACAUGUUCCGGACGAUAAACAGACGUUUAAUGAUCAUUCAGAACUCUCGAAGGUGGUUUCUAUGGUUAAAAUCCAUAAUCUCCUCUCUGAAUCUUCGUCUUCCAUGGACCAAAAACUGAUGGAUAGCUGGAAAUCCGCCGUUGAUUCCUGGGUCAACCGCUUGCUUGUUCUGCUCUCUAAUGAUAUGCCUGAUAAAUGUUGGGCUGGAAUCAUUUUACUGGGCACGACUUGUCAACAAUGCAGCUCGAGUCGUUUCUUGGCAUCGUAUGCAGAUUGGCUUCACAAGCUUCUGCCUCACUUGCAGACAGAUUCUCAGUUUCUGAAGGUGGCCACGUGUGCUUCAAUCUCAGAUUUAUUCUUGAGAUUGGGCCGAUUUCCAAACGUGAAGAAAGAUGGGACUUCUUGUGCUGGGAAGGUCAUUCAACCAGUUAUUAAGCUGUUGCAUGAUGAUAAUACAGAAGCUGUUUUGGAUGCAGCAGUUAAUCUAUUAUGCACUCUGAUUGCUUUCUUUCCCUUUACAAUCCAUCGUCAUUACGACUCUGCCGAAGCUGCAAUUGUUUCAAAAAUCUUUUCAGGGAACUGUAGUUUUAAUAUGCUGAAGAAGCUUGCUCACUGCCUAGCAUCACUUCCAAAAUCAAAAGGAGAUGAAGAUAGCUGGACUAUACUAAUGCAGAAGAUUUUGUUAUCAAUUGACAUACACUUGAAUGAGGCCUUCCAAGGCAUUGGUGAAGACUCGAGAGGUAACGAAGUCGUAAGGCUACUGAUUCCACCAGGAAAAGAACCUCCACCACCGUUAGGUUGUAAUUCAUCGGCAGAAGGCUCCUUUGACAAACUAACAAAGAGCUCAGAGCGAAUGUUAACUUCUAUUAUCUCGACCUUGAUGUUUUGCUGUUCUACAAUGAUAACAAGUUCAUACCCCCAUCAGGUGGCAGUUCCGAUUCGCCCGUUAUUAGCUCUUGUUGAGAGAAUGCUGACGGUGGAUGGUUCUCUGCCGCCCGCUUCAGUGCCAUUUAUGACAUCUCUACAGCAAGAGUCAAUGUGUUCGGAACUCCCGACCCUGCAUUCAGACAGUUUGGAUCUUCUCAUUGCCAUAAUUAAGAGCCUUCGCAGUCAGCUGUUACCACAUGCUGCAUUUAUUGUUCGACUCAUUGUGAAGUACUUCAAGAAAUGUGUGUCUGCAGAAUUGAGAGUAAAGGUCUACGCAGUUGCUAAGUUAUUGAUGAUGUCUUUGGGCGUUGGAAUGGCUGCAUCUCUUGCACGAGAUGUGAUCGACAAUGUACUAGUCGAUUUGAACCCUGUUGAUAACGAGAGUUGUGCUCCAUCUAGUGUGAAUCCGAAGGAUGCCCAAAGAGAAUUGCCGCAACACCAUAAGAAGAGAAAACGUCCUUUAGUUCCCACUUCAUUUAAAGAGCAGCAUGAGGGACAUGGAUCCAGAGACAUUACCAGCAGCUGUACGUCCACUUCUGUCCCCUUGAGGAUAGCUGCACUUGAGGCUUUGGAGACUCUUCUUACGUUGGCUGGUGCUUUGAGAACUGAAGAAGGAUGGCAUGCAAAAGUCGAACAUCUUUUAAUAACAGCCGCAAUGUCGUCUUUCGAAUGGCCACUGGCCUCAGAUGACGUCUUUUUCCAAACUAAUGAAUCUAUUGAGGUUUGGGCGGAUUAUCAGUUGGCAGCAUUUCGUGCGCUACUGGCUUCGUUUUUGUCUGCUGUCCAUAUACGACCUCUGGCCUUGGCUCAAGGUCUUGAUCUUUUCCGUAGAGGUAAACAAGAACUUGGAACCAAACUUCCUGAAUUCUGUGCGCAUGCACUCUUAGCCUUGGAGGUUCUAAUACAUCCAAGAGUACUUCCCUUGUCGGAUUUCUCGCCCGUGCAUUUGAGCUCUCCCGAACCACAAGCUACCUAUAAAAUCCCGGAAGAUAUGUACAUCGGUGGUAUGAAUUCUGGCAAAUCGUUGAAGAUCAACGACACUCUCGGCAUGGACCAGAGUGCCCCUGAUUUGGACGACGAUUUCCUGUAUGAUAGAGAAGUUGCAGAUGACAUCGAAGAGGCUCCAAUUAGAGAUGCAGGUAAUGAGAUAAAUAACAAUGUAACGACAUAUAACACAUCAAACAAUCUCGAAACAGGACCCUCUGCCGAUGCCCUACAGACUACAGAAACCCCCAAGAGGACCAAGCAGGAGGACACUGCAGCAGCCAUCACAGAUGCUGCAGGGAUUGUAGAGAAAGAUGAUGUAUUUGCUAAUGCAAGAAUGAACAGUUCUCCCGUGUCGUUAAAGUCCGACUCGAACUUAUUGCCAGAAGACGAUUUCCCCGACAUUAUUGAUGCAGAUCCUGAUACAGACUGUGAGUGAACAAAGGUACUAACCAUCUUAAAUCUCAAUUUUGUAGCAAUAAGGAUGUUGUUUUAAGUUCAAUAUUAACUAUUUUUUGUUGUGUUGUAUUUCA